AUGGAUAACGUGGUAUCCAGUCUACCAGAAGAAUUUUCAUUAGGCAAUCCACCAGAAGAAAUACCAGACCUAUCCAAUCACGAGAACCACAUGACAGAGGUCUUAUGGGCAAAUCCCGAUCUAUAUAAGAAAUAUAGAAAUAAGAAAACAACUUCAGGCGUUUCUUUUAUUCAAUGUAUUAAAACUGGAAUUGAUCAUCCAAGUCAUCCUCAUAUUAAAACAUGCGGCAUCGUAGCGGGAGAUGAGGAAAGCUAUCAAAUGUUUGCAGAAUUGUUUGAUCCUAUAAUUAAUAGAAGACAUGCUGAAUGCUUGCCAUUUACUAAACACAUAAGUAAUUUAGAUUAUUCACAGGUGAAUGAUAAAAAUAUUGACCCAUCUGGGAAGUAUGUUUUAACCUGUCGUGUCCGCAGUGGGCGGUCUAUUCGGGGAUACAGACUGUCUCCUGCAAUUACAUUUGAUGAAAGAAGGUUAGUUGAGAAAACUAUUGUAAACUCUUUAUCAAAACUCAGUGGAGAUUUGGAAGGGGAUUACUUCCCACUUAAUGGUUCUUUUUCUUAUAUAUCGAAACCAAAUGGGAUGUCGGUAGAAAUGGAAACAGAGUUACGUUUGAGAGGGAUGCUUUUUCAGGAUACCAACUCUCCUUUACGCUCUUCGUCUGCAAUCUAUAAGGACUGGCCAGAUGCGAGAGGCAUAUAUCUCAAUAAAAAUAAGAAUGCGUUUGUUUGGGUUAACGAGGAAGAUCACGUCAGAGUCAUUUCAAUGGAAGAAGGAGCAAAUAUGCAAGGCGUUUUCAAAAGAUUUGUGGAUUUAUUAAACGCACUCGAAACAGAGCUUGGCUGUGAAGGAAAAGAUUUCAUGUAUAACGAUCACCUGGGUUACAUUGCAACAUGUCCUUCAAAUAUUGGCACUGGAUUACGAGCAGGUUGUCUAGUCAAAAUACCUCUUUUCUCUUCUCAUAAUGAUUUUAAAGAAAAGUUAAGCCAGCUGGGUCUUCAGGCUCGUGGUCAUCGUGGAGUCGACACAGAGUUUCAUCUUGGGAUUGUGGACAUUUCUAAUGCCAACAGAUUAGGACAUACUGAAGUAGAGCUGGUGAAUAUGGUAAUAAAUGGCAUAUCACAGAUAAUCGAAUGGGAGAAAAUGCUUGAAAAUGGAGAAAACAUUAAACGACAAUUAAAUGUUGCCCAAUAAUCAAACAACUUCUUACAUAAAUAUUGUCGGAUCCAAAAGGAGGGUCCGGGGGCUUGGUCUGCGCUGUAUUUAUCUGUCUGGUUGGGUUUUUUUUCGCAGUGAACAGGUUUUGUGUAGUACCAUUGAGUGUAAAAGAGGGACGAAAUAUACCAGAGGGACAGUCAAACUCAUAAAUCGAAAAUAAACUAACAACGCCAUGGCUAAAAAUGAAAAAAAAGACAAACAGACAAACAAUACU